UCUGCUCCCCUUACCCGCCCCUUGCCUCCUUCCCACCCUCGUUCUCACUACCGACCCCCUCCCCAAAGGCACCUCAAGAACUGAGGCGAUCCACCACCACCACCACCACCAUCACCACCACCCCCUCCUACUGCCAUGUCCAAAAGCUUGAAAAAGAAAAGCCACUGGACUAGCAAAGUCCACGAGAGUGUCAUUGGCCGGAACCCGGAGGGCCAGCUGGGCUUUGAACUGAAAGGGGGCGCCGAGAACGGACAGUUCCCCUACCUGGGGGAGGUGAAGCCGGGCAAGGUGGCCUAUGAGAGCGGCAGCAAGUUGGUGUCCGAGGAGCUGCUGCUGGAGGUGAACGAGACCCCCGUGGCGGGGCUCACCAUCAGGGACGUGCUGGCGGUCAUCAAGCACUGCAAGGACCCUCUCCGGCUCAAGUGUGUGAAGCAAGGAGGAAUUGUGGAUAAGGACCUUCGUCACUACCUCAACUUACGAUUUCAGAAGGGUUCUGUGGACCACGAACUUCAGCAAAUUAUUCGUGACAACCUCUACCUCCGCACAGUGCCAUGCACCACAAGGCCACAUAAGGAGGGCGAGGUCCCUGGAGUGGACUACAUUUUCAUCACAGUUGAAGAUUUUAUGGAAUUGGAGAAAAGUGGUGCUCUCCUAGAAAGUGGGACUUAUGAAGACAAUUACUACGGGACCCCAAAGCCUCCAGCUGAACCAGCACCAUUAUUAUUAAAUGUAACAGACCAGAUACUUCCCGGAGCCACUCCAAGUGCUGAAGGAAAACGGAAGAGAAAUAAAUCAGUGAGCAACAUGGAGAAAGCCAGUAUAGAGCCUCCUGAGGAGGAAGAAGAAGAAAGGCCUGUGGUCAACGGAAAUGGAGUAGUAGUAUCACCAGAGUCCAGCGAGCAUGAAGACAAGAGUGCAGGUGCCUCAGGGGAGAUGCCCUCCCAGCCUUAUCCUGCACCCGUGUAUAGUCAGCCCGAGGAGCUGAAGGAGCAGAUGGAUGAAACAAAGCCAGCAAAACCCGAGGAGCAUGAGGACUCAGAUCCGUUGCCUGACAACUGGGAAAUGGCCUACACAGAGAAGGGCGAAGUCUACUUCAUUGACCAUAACACAAAGACAACAUCAUGGCUGGAUCCACGACUUGCGAAAAAGGCUAAACCUCCAGAAGAGUGCAAAGAAAAUGAGCUUCCGUAUGGCUGGGAAAAAAUCGAUGAUCCCAUAUAUGGCACUUAUUAUGUCGACCACAUAAACAGAAGAACACAGUUUGAAAACCCUGUCCUGGAAGCAAAACGGAAGCUACAGCAGCAUAACAUGCCCCACCCGGAACUUGGAGCAAAGCCUCUGCAGGCCCCGGGGUUCCGAGUAGACAGCUCUUCAUCGACAUUACCUAGGCCCAAAUCCUUCUGUCCCCGCCCUGCCCCGGAGAGGUCACUCAGCGUGAAUGACUUGUCAUACUGUCGGCGCCACCACGGGGGUUGGCCAUGGCCAUUCGAAAAACCACUCUUCACCCGGGAUGCAUCCCAGUUGAAGGGAACAUUUCUCAGCACCACCUUAAAAAAGAGCAACAUGGGGUUUGGAUUUACCAUCAUUGGUGGAGAUGAGCCCGAUGAGUUUCUGCAGGUGAAGAGCGUGAUUCCGGAUGGGCCUGCUGCACAGGAUGGAAAAAUGGAAACAGGUGAUGUCAUUGUCUAUAUUAAUGAAGUGUGUGUCCUUGGACACACUCACGCAGAUGUUGUCAAACUUUUCCAGUCUGUGCCUAUUGGUCAGAGUGUCAACCUGGUCUUGUGUCGUGGCUAUCCUUUGCCCUUUGACCCUGAAGAUCCUGCUAACAGCAUGGUGCCACCCCUUGCAAUAAUGGAAAGGCCACCUCCAGUGAUGGUCAACGGAAGACAUAACUAUGAAACGUAUUUGGAAUACAUCUCUCGGACCUCACAGUCGGUUCCAGAUAUUACAGAUCGGCCACCUCAUUCUUUGCACUCCAUGCCAGCUGAUAGUCAGCUAGAUGGCACGUAUCCACCACCCGUCCACGACGACAAUGUGUCUAUGGCUUCAUCUGGAGCCACCCAAGCUGAACUUAUGACCUUAACCAUUGUGAAAGGUGCCCAGGGUUUUGGCUUCACCAUUGCUGACAGUCCCACGGGACAGCGGGUGAAACAGAUACUUGAUAUCCAGGGAUGCCCUGGCCUGUGUGAAGGGGACCUUAUUGUGGAGAUCAACCAGCAGAAUGUACAGAACCUGAGCCAUACAGAGGUAGUGGAUAUACUGAAGGACUGCCCCAUCGGAAGUGAGACUUCUUUGAUUAUCCAUCGAGGAGGUUUCUUUUCUCCAUGGAAAACUCCAAAGCCUAUAAUGGACCGAUGGGAGAAUCAAGGCAGUCCUCAAACAAGCUUAUCUGCUCCGGCCAUACCGCAGAACCUGCCCUUCCCACCCGCCCUUCACAGGAGUUCCUUUCCUGACUCAACAGAGGCCUUUGACCCACGGAAGCCUGACCCAUAUGAGCUCUACGAGAAAUCUAGAGCCAUUUAUGAAAGUAGGCGUCCAGAUUAUAAGGAAUUGGAUGUUCAUCUUCGAAGGAUGGAGUCUGGAUUUGGCUUCCGCAUCCUCGGGGGAGAUGAGCCUGGACAGCCUAUUUUGAUAGGAGCGGUCAUUGCCAUGGGCUCAGCCGACAGAGAUGGCCGCUUACACCCAGGAGAUGAGCUGGUGUAUGUGGACGGGAUUCCAGUGGCUGGCAAGACCCACCGCUAUGUGAUCGACCUCAUGCACCACGCAGCCCGCAAUGGGCAGGUCAACCUCACUGUGAGAAGAAAGGUGCUCUGUGGAGGGGAGCCCUGCCCAGAGAAUGGAAGGAGUCCAGGCUCUGUAUCAACCCACCACAGCUCUCCACGCAGUGACUACGCAACCUACACCAACAGCAACCAUGCCGCCCCCAGUAGCAAUGCCUCGCCCCCUGAAGGCUUCGCCUCCCACAGCCUGCAGACCAGCGACGUGGUCAUACACCGCAAAGAGAACGAAGGCUUCGGCUUUGUCAUCAUCAGCUCCCUGAACAGGCCUGAGUCCGGAUCCACCAUAACUGUGCCCCAUAAAAUUGGACGCAUCAUUGAUGGGAGUCCUGCAGAUCGCUGUGCAAAACUGAAAGUGGGAGACCGGAUCUUAGCAGUGAACGGCCAGUCCAUCAUCAACAUGCCUCACGCUGACAUCGUGAAGCUCAUCAAGGAUGCAGGCCUUAGUGUCACCCUUCGCAUCAUUCCUCAGGAGGAGCUCAACAGCCCAGCUUCGGCACCCAGCUCAGAGAAGCAGAGUCCCCUGGCCCAGCAGCACAGCCCCUUGGCCCAGCAGAGCCCUCUGGCCCAGCCAAGCCCAGCCACUCCAAACAGCCCUGUCACCCAACCCGCACCACCUCAGCCACUUCAGCUGCAAGGACAUGAAAAUAGUUACAGGUCAGAAGUAAAAGCAAGGCAAGAUGUGAAACCAGACAUACGACAGCCUCCGUUCACAGACUACAGGCAGCCUCCACUGGACUACAGGCAACCCCCAGGCGGGGACUACCAGCAGCCCCCACCAUUGGAUUACAGGCAACCUCCUCUGCUGGACUACAGGCAACACUCCCCUGACACCAGGCAGUACCCUCUGUCAGACUACAGGCAGCCGCAGGAUUUUGAUUACUUCACUGUGGACAUGGAGAAAGGAGCCAAAGGAUUUGGAUUCAGCAUCCGUGGAGGAAGAGAAUACAAAAUGGAUUUGUAUGUGUUGAGAUUGGCAGAGGAUGGACCAGCAAUAAGGAAUGGAAGGAUGAGGGUAGGAGAUCAAAUUAUUGAAAUCAAUGGGGAAAGCACAAGGGACAUGACACAUGCCAGAGCAAUAGAACUCAUCAAAUCUGGAGGAAGACGAGCCAGACUGUUGCUGAAAAGAGGCACAGGACAGGUCCCGGAGUAUGACGAACCCAGCUCCUGGAGUGGUCCCGCUGCCGCCUCCCCAGGCCUGCCGGAAGUAGGCGUCUCCCUGGAAGACAUCCUCGCUCCAUUCUCUCCAUCACAUCCAGCCCCACCCUCCGACCCUUCCCACCAGAUAAGCCCAGACCCAGCUUGGGAUAUCAAAAGGGAACACGACCACGUUAGGAAACCAAAGGAGCUUUCGGCCGGCGGCCAGAAGAAGCAGCGCCUCGGGGAGCAGGGGGAGCGCUCGGCGAGUCCGCAGCGGGCCGCGCGGCCGCGGCUCGAGGAGGCGCCCGGCGGCCAGGGGCGGCCCGAGGCCGGCAGGCCCGCCUCGGAGGCCAGGGCGCCGCCGGGGCCGGCGGUGGAGGGGACGCGGGCGGGCGGGAAGGAAGGGCUCCGCGCUGCACCCGGCCCGGAGCUCGGCCGCCACCGCGACGGCCCCGGGGCUGCGAUCGCGGGCCUGGGCGGCGGCGGCACCGAGCGGCCCGGCGUGCGCGCAGGACCCCGGCCGGGCCCGCGGCCCCCGGGGGUCCCCCCAGCGCGCAAGGCCGCCGUGGCGCCGGGGCCCUGGAAGGUGCCGGGCUCCGACAAGCUGCCUGGCGUCGUCAAGCCCGGCGCCUCGGCCGCCAGAUGA